UCGGUGACAUUGGUUGUACCAGAAACUUGUACUGUCCAACAAAAGACAAGAUGGCCUCCAUCGUUUCCCCUUUCCGAAGAGGUUAUCGCUAUCUACAACAUUUAGCACACGAACAACCCGUCAUAUUCUACUCUUGCGUUCUGGGAGUUACUGGACCAGUCCUCGCACUCAGCGUUCCUCCAAUCCGAAGGCGCUACUUCGGUUGGGCUCCUGGAGAACCAGUGCCCACCUCAUAUCCUGUCCCAAAACGGUCACGGCGAGCUGUCCAAGGAUACGAAGAUGAUGUAUAACGUUUGUUUUUUGCAGUGAUAUAGAGAAGAUGCGCACCACACUGGGUAUGCUUGAUGGUAAUCGCAUCCGGACGUUCCAACACAGUACGGAGGAUAAUUUAGAAGCAUAAGGACCCAGUGAAUGUCAUCGAGAAUGUUGAAUAUACCAUUUCUCGACUUGUUUCAAAGUUGUGAAGUAUCAUGGAGUUUGUCUGCUACCAGAAUCCCACACAUUGCCGCCCUUGUCAACAACCUGACG